UUUGACGUCGACGAAGAAGGGCAUGACCUGCUCCAGUACAACUGGCUCCUGCUGCUAUACAUCGUAUUACUAGUGGCAUGGCUUUCCUUGAAUAACACUGGCUUACAUCGGCCUUGGGUCGUCUAUUACUCGCAUUUAACAGCGAACGUAAACCUCUCCGUCCCGGACCGGCAUCCAACCUCCAGCAGAGCAGCACUGUCCGAAGCAUAACUGACAACGUGUUUACCCCGCUUCUCCGGACGUCCAAACUCCUCGGCAUAAACGUUCUCCACUUGCAGCUUCCUGGCUUGGCAGAGAGACACAACUCAAGCAUGCCAAGCGUGCCAACGCUCCCAACGACGCCUCCCGACUCUUCUCCUCCCAUCACUUCAUCUACACUUCUCCGUCUUCAUCGACACUCUAACUCUCUGUCUGGGCACGGGAACGCUAUCGAGCUUCUCCCACUCACCGCUGGUUCUUCAGACGAACACCUGCACGCACCAGCAGAACCCCCCACCUCGACCACUUCAGAGUACUACGAUCACCGCAUGGAACUUCGAUUAGGGGAAAGAGACGUAGAGGGUAUGGAAGGCUUCUCGAGAGAAGAGAACAUCUUCAUGGCGGGCAGCUUUGGCGCGGUGGUCGUUUUGAGCGUCGUGAGCGGACUUAUUACGCUCAAGGUUAUUUGCGGUGGCAGGGAGGGGAACAUUUGGAUAUACCCCUGCCUCACCUUCAGCUUUGCGACUACUGAUGACCACCCAACAUGAUCCUCUGGAUAUUGGUCACUUGGCGUGACACUCAAAAGUGCUCUCAACCAAGGGUAUACAAUAGAGCAUAUACAAAUACCACAUUGGUGUCAAGGGAAGGAAACAGCCGCUAUACACUAUCCUCCCAAACACCGCUUCCCUCUGCACGCCCCUUCCUCCCUGCCCCCUAUCUCGGAUGGAUGUCUUCCCAACCUCUUCCGCUAGUU